UGGAGGUGGGAGUGGUUACAGCUCGGGAAGCGAUUCAUGUGAUUCCGGCUUCGAUAGCGGGACCUUCCUGAGCGAGUGGCUGAAGGAUGGACAGCGGGCUGUGGGGCUUCGUGUGCUUGUGGUUGGCUCUGCGGCGGGUCUCCCUGGCGGUCGGGCAGCAGACGUGGCCAGUCCCCUACAGACGCUUUGAUCAUCGGCCCACACCUGAUCCAUUCUGCCAGGCCAAAUAUCCCUUCUGUCCUACAGGGUCACCUGAUGGUGAGAUUCCUCCAAUGAAAGACCAGGAUAUCAUUGAAGUUUACCGGCUUCAGACUCCUGUCUGGGAGUUCAAAUACGGGGACCUUCUGGGACAUUUUCAUAUUAUGCAUGAUGCCGUUGGCUUCAGGAGCACGUUGACGGGUAAAAACUACACAAUGGAGUGGUAUGAGCUCUUUCAGCUUGGAAAUUGCACUUUCCCACAUCUUCGACCUGGCAGAGCUGCUCCUUUCUGGUGCAAUCAAGGUGCUGCCUGCUUCUUUGAGGGAAUUGAUGAUCUACACUGGAAGGAAAAUGGGUCUUUGGUGAAAGUUUCUGAAGUAACAGGUGAAAUCUUUAAUAAGCUGGCUAAAUGGGUAAAGGAAGACAACAGAACUGGUAUAUACUAUGAGACGUGGACCGUUCAAGCUGAUCCCAAUCCAGGCACCAAAGUAUGGUUUGAAGCUUAUGACUGUACGGCAUUUGUGCUGAGAACUUACCAGGUAUUAUCAAAGUUAGGUGCUGUCUUCAAGAGCCCAGAGCAGACUAAUUAUACCAGAGUAUUUCUGUACAGUGGUGAACCUACAUAUCUCGGCAAUGACAGCUCCAUAUUUGGGCCACAGGGCAACAAGACAUUAGCAGAAAAAAUUACUUCCUUUUAUUUUCCAUUUAAACCACCGCAUUCAGCCAAAGAAUUUGUUUUAAGUCUUUUGGAAAUCAUUGAUAAGGUCAUUAUACAGAAGAGUUUUUACCUUUAUUUUAAUUAUGAAUAUUGGUAUUUGCCAAUCAAAGAACCCUAUAUUAAAAUAACAUAUGAAGAAAUUCCUUUGCCUUCUAAACCAAAAUGCCUAUGAGUAAAAUAACACCUAACAUGCCUAUGAGUAAAAUUAAUGCAAAAAAAUUUACUCAUCUGCAAUUCUUGGCUUGUUUUUACAAAACCCUGCAUGCAAAGGUUAAGUAAUAUUUUUAUUCAUUUUACUUAAUGUCAACAGACACGUAGACAGCAGUAGGCUGCACUUCAGAGAUGAAGAGUAUCAAUUGGCUGUAAUAUAAUGGGCAUUUAGAAAUAAUGCAAUGAAAUCAUUAUAAGGUUCCCCAGUGUUGGCUUAUAAAUGCAUGGAAAAGGUAGCUAGGGUUAUUGAGUUCUUCUUAAGCAACUGAUAAUAAAUGAGUUAGUGAGACUGGAGUCAGCGUGGUUUGAGCCAUGGGGCUCGGAAGAGGAAGGAAAAAAUGCACUGGGGAAAGAUGAGAUGGGGAUAGAUAGAAUAUUGACAAAACACACGGUGCUAUAAACUUCACAGUCUGCCUUUGACCUGACACUGACAUGAUUAUUUUGGAUUAACAUCUUAAAUACACUUAAUGUCCAUCCUUAUGAGCUUUUUGUUAGGCCAUUUUAGAGGACAAUUUAGAAUCAAUUAAAUUGGCGGAUCUUAGUCGCAAGUGAGCUAGACAAAGGAUGGCAGGUUUUUUACCCCCUGAAAGACAUUAGUAAACCAGGAUUUUCAGCUGUCCAUUAUUUCAUUGCAUCAUUACUGCUGUCUCCUUUCAUUUUAAAUUGAUUUAAUUACUUGACAAAUGCUGUGACGGGAUUCAAACUUGUCUUCUGAUCAAUAGUCCAGGCAUCUGAAUAAUUAUUCCAGUAACUUGACUAUUCAAAACCACAUUUGUUUUUCUUUCUUUUGUAGUAUGUUGAACACUUUCAACUUUCACUUUUAUUAUCCUUUGGCUGAGCUUCAGGUAGAACUUUAAAAAUUAUAAUUUUUAAAUUAUAACAGAUAACAGUUCCUCCACAAAUUCAGACGCUAAUGUUAUGAAACUGGAUUCAUUUCUACACAAAUGAAUAUCACAAAUUGCUGUUCAAGAAACAGAAUAAAUAUUUUCAUUAAGUCAGGAACAUUUUAGUAUAUAAUAGUCUCACUGGUAUCUUUUGAAUAAUCAUCAUCCCAUAUUUUGCAUGUGUGCUACAAGAGCUCCAAGGAAAUUAAUUAGUCAAUGAUAUUUAAUGACAGGAAGAACUUUAAUUUGCCUCCUCACCAACCUUUCUAACCUAAUGAGAACUGGAAUUAUGGGAAACCUACAUAUGGCAGAUAGAUGGCACAAUGCCAGCCCAGUAGGGAUCUACACAUGGCCAGCUGUUGUUAAAUUACGCACAUACUUCUGUUUGCUCAGUUGUUUUAUGACACCAAGUGCUGAAACAGUAUUUAAUUCAGCACCAAGUAUCAUUCAUCUGAUCAGUGUUAACAUGUAAAUAUUUCAAGUAACAUUGUUUGUUGUAUGAAGUCAUUUUAUGUAGAGCUUUACUAAAUAAUUUUAAAGGGGGAGGCCUGGGGUGAGGAUAAAACAUUCAAGUGAGAUUCCCAACUAAACAUAGAGACCUAACUGCACAGUGAAGGUCUGCUAUCUCUGGUGAUCUCUAUUGCAAACCAGAACAGUUGAUAUUUUUUCCUUGCUGUUUGCAAAUGCCCUAGGCCCAACAGACCAUGGACACUCAGUCACAAUAGUUGAAUAAAGUAUGUUGUGUGUUUUUGUCCCUUUUGCUAGAGGGGGCUGGAGAUCAUCUGGGGAAGUAUCAAGUCCCCCUUUGAGUCCAAAGGUCCACCAGAAUACAUAGGAGAUCUCAACUAAUGAAUGUGUGUGUGCAAGCUCAUUGCCUGUGGCUUGCCUCAGUCUAGCAGAGCUUCCAAUACACUUCACCAAACUUGGAACUUUUAUUAUGUUUAAUAACAGGAUCUUUAUUUUAUGAACUGUUCAAUGAAGAUGAAAUUUGUUUAUGUUACCUUAAAGCAUAUUUAAAUAAAAUCGGCUAUCUGUGCAAAUACUAAUUUGUACCAACAGAU